AAUAAGCAAUUGUUUUAACCUCACUUUCGACAAUUUCCACACUUUCCACCCAAUUUUCAUAACAAACUAAAAACUGAAAAAGAAAGACUAUACUCUUAUAAACUGCUAUAAAACAAUGUCAUUUAGUUCAGUAAACAAAUUCCGAUUGCUAUGUUCUCGCUUACAAACAAAGAACGCCUUAAAAAUUCCGACUGUGUUGUUUUGUAAUGAAAGUGGAAAUCAAAUAUCAAAGGAUGGGCAAGGUAGCAAAUCGAGUGGUUUCGCAAAAUCUUUUGACAAAUUUGAGGAUAUAACUAAAGUAGUUCCCAAAGCACCUGAAACGUUCGAAAGCUUAUUAAGAAACUCAAAAUUUAUAGAUUUAGGAGAUCCCUCGAAUAAAAUAGUUACUGGAAAAAUAUUCCACGUAGUUGACGAUGAUUUGUAUAUAGAUUUUGGUUGGAAAUUUCAUUGUGUAUGCCCUAGACCGAAGAAGAAUUCUAGUGAAUAUAUCAGAGGAGCUAGAGUGAGGCUUCAAAUUAAGGAUCUAGAAUUAUCCUCCAAAUUUUUAGGUUAUGAAAAAGAUCUAACCUUAUUAGAAGCUGAUUGUUCAUUACUAGGCUUAGUACAAGAAAGAACUAAAAAGACAUAAGAAUAAAUUGUACUUGAAUAAAUUUUUGUGUAGGAAAA